AUGAGAAGGCAGCUCCGGUCCAGAAGGGCUCCGGCCUCUCCUUACGGUUAUCGCUACAGACUUGACGAUCAGGAUGAGGUGAACCAGAACUACUUGGCAGAUGAAGAGGAAGAAGCUGAAGAGGAGGCUCGCGUGAUGGUGGUACCCGAUUUGGAGGAGGAGGAGAACGAGGAAGAAGGACAGGAGGCGGAAGAGGAGAUAGAAGAGGAAAAGGAGGAGGAAGAGGGUCAGGGGCCGUCACCAGGCAAUGUCUGGUGGCAGACAUUGCAGACCGUAAGCGAAUACCUGUGGGACCCGGAGAAAAGGAUGUCUCUGGCCCGAACAGGUCAGAGUUGGAGCCUGAUCUUAGUCAUUUACUUCUUCUUCUAUGCCUCCCUGGCCGCUGUGAUCACCCUGUGCAUGUACACAUUAUUUCUGACCAUCAGUCCUUACAUGCCAACCUUCACUGAGAGAGUGAAGCCUCCUGGAGUUAUGAUCAGACCCUUCGCCCAUAGCCUUAACUUCAACUUCAACGUUUCCGAACCUGACACCUGGCAGCAUUAUGUCAUUAGCCUAAAUGGCUUUCUCCAGGGUUACAAUGACAGUCUUCAGGAGGAAAUGAAUGUGGAUUGUCCCCCGGGGCAGUACUUCAUCCAGGAUGGAGACGAGGAUGAAGACAAGAAGGCCUGCCAGUUUAAGCGCUCCUUCCUGAAGAACUGCUCUGGCUUAGAGGACCCUACUUUUGGCUACUCUACUGGACAGCCCUGCAUCCUUCUGAAAAUGAACCGGAUUGUAGGAUUCCGUCCUGAGCUUGGAGAUCCUGUGAAGGUUUCCUGCAAAGUUCAGAGAGGUGAUGAAAAUGACAUCCGAUCCAUCAAUUACUACCCAGAGUCGGCUUCUUUUGACCUUCGCUACUAUCCUUACUACGGCAAACUGACUCACGUUAACUACACCUCCCCACUGGUGGCCAUGCACUUUACAGACGUGGUGAAGAACCAGGCGGUGCCCGUGCAGUGCCAACUGAAGGGCAAGGGCAUCAUAAAUGAUGUCAUCAAUGAUCGUUUUGUGGGGAGGGUAAUCUUUACUCUGAACAUAGAAACAUAG